CCUCGGGUGCCGCGGUGCCUCCCCCGCAAUAGCAGCCGCGAAAAGCCUCCACCGCAAACCCUCGCCGCGCCGCAGCGACAUAGCGAUGGCCGGAGAGGACGCCGCCACCGCCGGCACUGCAGCGGUAAAGAAGCUCCCGAAGGAGGAGGAGGAGGAAGAUGAUGACGAGUUGGACAACGUUCCGCUCGCUGUUUCUAGGGCCAAAAAGGCGGGAAAUGCGAGCGCCUCCAAGGUCAAGAAGGAGGACGACGACGACGACGAGGAGGACAACCUUCCAAUCUCGCAUUCGCGGGCGAAGAAGGGAAAUGAGAAGCAGAAAGGCACCGUGAAUAGCAACACGAAGACUUCUAAAGUUAAGAAACAAGAAGUUGAGUCUGACGACGAUGAUUUCAUGCCAACUUCACAGAAGAAAAAUGCAUCUGCUGGUGCCAGUAAUGCCAAGGCAUCCAAGGUCAAGAAACUAAAAGAUGAAGAUUUGGAAGAUCUUAAGGAGAACAAGAAAAGGAAGAAAAGAGUGGGUGUCAAAGAAGGGGCAAAGAUGUCCGUUGUCAAGGGUGAGAAGGUGAAGAAAGAGAGGAAAGUGUAUGAAUUGCCAGGGCAGAAGCAUGAUCCUCCUACAGAAAGGGAUCCAUUGAGGAUUUUCUAUGAAUCGCUCUACGAGCAGAUACCCACUAGUGACAUGGCUGCAACCUGGUUGAUGGAAUGGGGUUUGCUCCCGUUGGAUGUGGCUAGAAAAGUUUUUGAGAAGAAGCAGGGCCAGAAGUUGAAGUCACCUGUUAAAACAACUGUUUCCAAGAGAAAGCCUACUUCUCCAACCAAGACACCAGCUUCAUCUGCCAUGAAGUCUGUCUCAGCUAAGAAUAGUGCUCGAAAACCCACUUCUCAAAAGAAGAGGAAGGCAAGUAGCGAGUCAGACGACGCCGAUGAUUUCGUCAUGGCUCCUAAGGCGAAAACCAAAAGGCAAAAGGUCUCUAGUUAGGUUUUAGCAUCUCAUUCUUUUUGGAAUGAGACAUGUUCUUCAGGUACCGUAAUAUGCUAGAUCAGGAUAGCCUUGGAAAAACGAUGAGAGAAUUGUUUCUUCCGCCAGGAUCAGGCAUCUGGUGUGAAGUAUGUCGGUCCAGUGUCUACAAGUACCAUUGUUGUUGAACUCAAUGUUUUAUAUCCAGAACACAGC